AUGUGGUGCGCGAGUGAAAUGAAGAGACAGAGAAACGAACACGAUGAAGUUACCGUUACCCUUAGAGCCCGUGACAUGUUCUGUAAGCAACUUCAACUACAUUUGUCUCAUAACAUUGAUGAAAAUACCGUUACCCUUGCUAUCAAGGCCUGUCAAGGUUACCCCAAACCCGGAUGCCAAAUUCACGGGUUUGCAGUUUCUUCUGGGUUUUCUUCGUAUACUACAGUUUCAAAUUCUUUGAUGAGUGUGUACACCAAAGCUGGCCAGUUUGAUGGUCCCUUACUUAUCUUUGAGACUAAUGUUCCCUACGUUUUUGUCCCUUCGAAGCAAGCACUUGGCCGAGCCUGUGGUGUCACAAGACCUGUCAUUGCGUGUUCUGUGACUUCCACUGAGGGAAGUCAAUUGAAGUCGCAAAUACAACAGCUCAAGGAUGCCAUUGAGAAACUCCUUAUCUAA